CCCCCCCCCACGCCUCACCGGCGACAGGUAGCCCCGCCGCCGCGCACCUGCCCUCGCGUUCGCACCGGAGAUAGUGGAUAGCUCCCUUCAGAAAUGGAGGACGGGAAGCCCGUUUGGGCGCCGCACCCUACGGAUGGAUUUCAGAUGGGCAAUAUCGUGGAUAUUGGCCCUGACAGCUUAACGAUUGAACCCUUGAACCAAAAAGGCAAGACAUUUCUGGCUCUCAUAAACCAAGUGUUCCCUGCAGAAGAGGACAGUAAAAAAGAUGUGGAAGAUAACUGUUCAUUAAUGUAUUUGAAUGAAGCCACACUGCUCCAUAAUAUCAAAGUUCGAUACAGUAAAGACAGAAUUUACACAUAUGUGGCCAACAUUCUGAUUGCAGUGAACCCAUACUUUGACAUACCUAAAAUAUAUUCUUCAGAAACAAUAAAGUCGUACCAAGGAAAAUCUCUUGGGACGAUGCCACCUCAUGUCUUCGCAAUUGCUGAUAAGGCUUUUCGAGACAUGAAGGUGCUCAAGAUGAGUCAGUCUGUCAUUGUAUCUGGAGAAUCAGGAGCUGGCAAAACGGAAAAUACAAAAUUUGUUCUAAGAUAUCUGACGGAAUCGUAUGGAACCGGUCAAGACAUUGAUGAUAGAAUUGUCGAAGCUAACCCACUCUUAGAAGCCUUUGGAAAUGCAAAGACUGUUCGAAACAAUAAUAGCAGUCGAUUUGGGAAAUUUGUAGAAAUACAUUUCAAUGAAAAGAGUUCAGUUGUUGGAGGAUUUGUUUCACAUUAUCUUCUAGAGAAAUCUAGGAUCUGUGUUCAAGGCAAAGAGGAAAGGAAUUAUCAUAUCUUUUAUAGGUUGUGUGCCGGUGCUUCUGAAGAUACUAGGGAAAGACUUCAUUUGAGCUCCCCAGAUAAUUUUCGGUAUUUAAACCGAGGCUGCACUAGAUACUUUGCUAACAAAGAAACUGACAAACACAUUUUACAGAACCGAAAAAGUCCUGAGUAUCUUAAGGGAGGUUCCUUGAAAGAUCCUUUGUUAGAUGACCAUGGAGAUUUUAUUAGAAUGUGCACAGCCAUGAAAAAGAUUGGUUUGGAUGAUGAAGAAAAGCUUGAUCUGUUCCGGGUAGUAGCUGGUGUCCUGCACCUUGGAAAUAUUGAUUUUGAGGAAGCCGGCAGCACUUCAGGUGGCUGUAACCUGAAGAAUAAAUCUACUCAAUCAUUGGAGUAUUGUGCUGAAUUACUGGGUUUGGAUCAAGAUGAUCUUCGUGUAAGUUUAACUACAAGAGUCAUGCUAACAACAGCAGGGGGCACCAAAGGAACAGUGAUAAAGGUACCCCUGAAAGUGGAGCAAGCAAACAACGCCCGGGAUGCCUUGGCAAAGACUGUCUAUAGCCAUCUUUUCGAUCACGUGGUCAACAGAGUGAAUCAGUGUUUUCCUUUUGAAACAUCAUCCUAUUUUAUUGGAGUCCUAGAUAUUGCUGGAUUUGAGUACUUUGAACGUAACAGUUUUGAACAAUUUUGCAUCAACUAUUGCAAUGAAAAACUUCAACAGUUUUUUAAUGAAAGGAUUCUGAAGGAGGAACAAGAACUCUAUCAGAAGGAAGGUUUAGGUGUGAAUGAAGUACAUUACGUGGAUAACCAGGACUGUAUAGAUUUAAUUGAAGCAAAAUUAGCGGGAAUACUGGAUAUUUUGGAUGAGGAAAAUCGCCUUCCCCAGCCAAGUGAUCAACACUUUACAUCUGAAGUUCACCAGAAGCACAAAGACCAUUUCCGACUCUGUAUUCCUAGAAAGUCUAAGCUGGCAGUUCACAGGAACAUCAGAGAUGACGAAGGCUUCAUCAUCAGGCAUUUCGCAGGGGCGGUGUGCUAUGAAACAACUCAAUUUGUGGAAAAAAAUAAUGACGCUUUACAUAUGUCUCUUGAGUCCUUAAUAUGUGAAUCCAGGGAUAAAUUUAUCCGGGAAUUAUUUGAAUCAUCCACAAAUAACAACAAAGACACUAAACAAAAAGCAGGAAAACUUAGCUUCAUCAGUGUGGGAAACAAGUUUAAGACACAGUUAAAUUUGCUUCUGGAUAAACUUCGAAGUACUGGAGCAAGCUUUAUUCGUUGUAUCAAGCCGAAUUUAAAGAUGACAAGCCACGACUUCGAAGGAGCUCAAAUUUUGUCUCAACUUCAAUGUUCAGGUAUGGUGUCUGUUUUGGACUUGAUGCAGGGUGGUUUCCCAUCACGAGCUUCAUUUCACGAACUCUACAACAUGUAUAAAAAGUAUAUGCCAGAUAAACUCGCAAGAUUAGAUCCAAGACUAUUUUGUAAGGCUCUUUUUAAAGCUUUGGGCUUAAAUGAAAUCGACUACAAGUUUGGGUUAACAAAAGUAUUUUUUAGACCUGGCAAGUUUGCAGAAUUUGACCAGAUUAUGAAGUCCGACCCUGACCACUUAGCAGAGCUGGUCAAGAGGGUCAAUCACUGGCUCAUCUGCAGUCGCUGGAAGAAGGUUCAGUGGUGCUCACUGUCUGUCAUCAAACUGAAAAACAAAAUAAAAUAUCGAGCUGAAGCCUGCAUUAAAAUGCAGAAAACUGUUCGAAUGUGGCUUUGCAAAAGACGACACAAACCUCGCAUUGAUGGCCUGGUUAAGGUGGGCACACUGAAGAAACGGCUUGAUAAAUUUAACGAAGUAGUAAGUGCAUUGAAAGAUGGAAAACCAGAGAUGAAUAAACAGGUCGAGGACCUUGAAAUUUCUAUUGAUGCUUUAAUGGCCAAAAUUAAGGAUUUCUUGUUUUAUAUUAAAUUUUUGGAGAGUAUUCUGCUUUUUGGUAGGAAACUUGACAUGGAAGCAAAGAGAAAGCAAGAAGAAGAAGAGAGAAAGAAAAGGGAAGAUGAUGAAAAACGUAUUCAGGCGGAGGUGGAGGAGCAGCUGGCCCGGCAGCGAGAGGAGGAGUCCCAGCAGCAGGCGGUCCUGGAGCAGGAGCGCCGAGACCGGGAGCUGGCGCUGCGGAUCGCGCAGAGCGAGGCGGAGCUCAUCAGCGACGAGGCGCAGGUGGACCCGGCGCUGCGCAGAGGCCCUGCUGUACAGGCCACCAAGGCGGCUGCUGGUACCAAGAAACAUGAUCUUAGUAAAUGGAAAUAUGCAGAACUACGUGAUACCAUCAAUACUUCUUGCGAUAUUGAGCUCCUGGCAGCUUGCAGAGAAGAAUUUCAUAGGAGACUAAAAGUGUAUCAUGCUUGGAAAUCCAAGAACAAGAAGAGAAAUACUGAAACAGAGCAACGUGCUCCAAAGUCUGUUACUGAUUAUGAUUUUGCACCAUUUUUGAACAAUUCACCUCAGCAGAACCCGGCAGCUCAGCUCCCUGCCAGGCAGCAGGGGAUCGAGAUGAACCGACAACAGCGCUUCUUCCGCAUCCCGUUCAUCCGCCCCGCGGACCAGUACAAAGACCCGCAGAAUAAGAAGAAAGGCUGGUGGUACGCGCACUUUGAUGGACCGUGGAUUGCCCGGCAGAUGGAGCUUCAUCCUGACAAGCCACCCAUCCUCCUGGUGGCUGGUAAGGAUGACAUGGAGAUGUGUGAGCUGAAUCUUGAAGAGACAGGCCUGACUCGAAAGCGUGGUGCUGAGAUUUUGCCAAGACAGUUCGAAGAAAUUUGGGAACGCUGUGGAGGCAUCCAGUAUCUUCAGAAAGCAAUUGAGAGCAGACAGGCCAGGCCCACCUAUGCCACGGCCAUGCUGCAGAAUCUGUUAAAGUAGAAAUUGCACUAGCCUUGCAGCUGGGAGCCCUUGCCAUGGUACUAGGUAGGGAGUGUGUCCCAGAGAUUUAACCAUUCCAAGAUCAAGUUAGAAUUACUUAUACAAAGUGAACAGAUUUUAUUAAUCAUGGCUUUUUGUUAAUUUAAGGUUAAUUAUGGUAGUGAAUUUGGGACCUAAAAUUUAUUUUCCUGUAUCCAGCUGUAACUGUUAGACCUCUCAUUAUUGUAAUACUUGUUACACUUGGACAGACUCUGGACAUUUCUCCUUCUUUGCCAACAGACUACCUUAAAUCCAUCUUAAUUGUUCUUUAGGAAAAGUUUUUAAAAGCAGAAUUCUUGCUUUUUAAGGAUGGCACAGUACCAUAUAACUGGAAUAAAGAAAACUUAGCUUCAAUUUUCAUACAAAAAUUAAGGCACUUAAAAUGAUCAAGGCACUGAUACUUUGAUCUGAAAGCUGUGUACUUUCUAUAGUAACUUUUUCAGAAAUUCAUGGAAAUUUCCGUCAAAGGUGGAAAUUUUUAUUUUUCCCCCCUCUUUUGCAGUCUUAGUUUGAGUAAAGCAGUUUACCUGAAGUUCUAGAAUUCUGGAGAGAGCCUUGAUGUAUUCGAUGCAAUCUGUGAUAAAGAAGGUACACAGUGUCCUGCACAGAUCAGUUUUGCUUUUCUAUCACAUUGUGUUGCUGUAAGAAUAUGUUCUUACGUUCCAUGGACAAAUAAAGGAAAUUCAGAUCGUUUAAAUGCUUGGAAGUUUUGAGAUAACCUUGUUUCAUUUAGAAAAGGAAGUAGGUUUUAGGUGGCAGUUUGGCUUAACUGGACUGAAUUCAAAUAUUCUUUCAGUUUCAUCUCAGUUGUGAUUUUGUGUCAGAAUCUUGUCCAAGUUGUUUCAUGUGAUUUGAACUAGUGUUCUGCUUCAAAACACCUUUGUUUUUUAAAGAAAUUCCUAUUGUCUUUUUUGGCCUUCGAGAUUUUGGUAAUUGUAGAGCUCUUUUAUAAGCCUUGUAAUGCAAAAACCCUGCACUGGGGAAUUGCUUGUUUCAUGUAACUGAUAAUUAAAAAAAAAGUUUUGUGUGCUGUUUAGUUUUGAUCAAAUGUCAGCAGUUUCAAGCCUAAUAUUUAUGACUUUCAUAUUAGGAAUUUGGAAACAAACAUACAUCAAGGAGUUAUGUUGACAUAAUCCUAAGGAGUCUUGUUUGUAUUUUAGAAUAAAAUUAGAAAAUAAAAUUACUCUCUGUACUUUUUUCCCCUUGAUGUUUAAAGACCCUAACCUUUGAAAUGAAUUUCCAGUGAUUUUUUUUUUUUUUUUUUUUUCCUAGAAAGAGUACCUCAGUUAGGAAAGUAUUUCCCAGCUGAUUGGAUUAGUGCUUGUGAGCUGGACACUGUUUUCAGAAGUGCUUCUCUCAUUACAUGUUUUAGCAUAGAGAUAUUUAUUUAUUAUGAUACUGUGCAAGCGAUCGUCUUCUGUUAAGGAAAGUAAAUGGUCCUGUCUUUACUGUUGAGAAUGUGAAUGUGAUUAUCUUUUUAAGGCUGUAUUACUGCAUAGACUCACCCACCCUUGGGUCAUUUGGUCCCUGUGAUUUGGUGACAGAAGGUCUGGUUACUGAAAAUAAAUGUCCUGUUCUCCCUCUUCUUA